AUGUUCCUGUCAUCCAUAGCUGUUGCCCUGGCGGCCAUGUCUUCCCUCAGCGUGGCCAUGCCAACUCGGCAGGCCCGUCACGCGCCUUGCACACCGGACAAGAUCAAGAUCCGCAAGGAUUUCGACUCGAUGGCUCCUGAAGACCGCAAAGCUUACACCGACGCCGUCAAAUGUUUGGCAACCAAACCGUCGCAACUUGACCAGACCCUCUACCCGGCCGCUACCAAUCGCUACAUGGACUAUGCCGUCAUUCACGUCAAUCGCACAAGAGAGGUCCAUCUUUCUGGCUUCUUCCUGACUUGGCAUCGUUAUUUCAUCCAUCUGUUUGAGGAAGAUCUGAAGCACCAGUGUAACUACACCGGUGCAUUCCCCUACUGGAACUGGCCUGCAACUGCCGAUAAUCUCAGCGGCAGCGCCGUCUUUGACGGAUCUGAGUACUCCCUGUCCGGUGACGGUGCGUACGUCGACAGCGGCCCUGUGGUGCUUUCGCCAAGUCUUUCGCUUCCACAUGGAUCCGGUGGAGGUUGUAUCAUGUCUGGGCCCUUUGUCGAUUGGCAGACAACGAUGCAGCCUAUUCCCAUCAGCUACAUCAUCGAGGGUCUUCCACUGCCUGACACAGCGUUCCAGCUUAACCAAAGCUGUCUUACCAGGGACCUUAACACCGUUGUCGCUCAGACUUAUUGCAACACCACCGCCCUCGAGCUGUGCUUAGAGGCCGAAGACAUUGCAUCUUUUGACACUCAAAUCAACGGCGUUAUUGGCGGCGGUCAACUGGGAUUGCACUCCGGUGCUCAUUUCGUGGUAGGAUCUCCAGGGUCGUCGAUAUACGUCUCGGUCAUGGAUCCAAUCUGGUGGUCUCUCCAUGCAUUUUUGGACAAUGUAUACACCUCGUGGCAGAUCCGCCAUCCCGACAUCGCAAAUGCCAUGUAUGGUACUGAAACGGCUGUCAAUCUUCCCGCAAGUGCUAAUGUCACACUCGACUCGAUCCAGCCGGAUUGGGGAUACUUCCAAGAAGCCCAAAUUACAGUCGGAGAACUCAUCAGCACCACAUCUGGGCCGUUCUGCUACCAGUACGAUGUUGCAUUGUGA